ACUGAGGCGCGGCGCGCCGCGCCGCGGGCGGAUGGGGCUUGGCGUUCUUGUUGGGCACUGGGACGGUCUGGCGGACGUGCCGGAACUAUGCCAUUUUUGGGUCAGGACUGGAGGUCUCCUGGAUGGAGCUGGAUUAAAACAGAAGAUGGCUGGAAAAGGUGUGACUCCUGUAGUCAGGAACUUGAAAGAGAGACUGACCAGUGCGGCCUCAGCCACAACAUUAUCCUGAAUAGUGAGAAUGGAGACGUUUUCAGUAAUGAAGAGCAUGAAUAUGCAUCCAAGAAAAGGAAAAAGGACCAUUUUAGAAAUGAUGCAAAUUCUCAAAGUUUUUAUCGUGAAAAAUGGAUCUAUGUCCAUAAAGAAAGCACAAAAGAAAGGCACGGCUACUGCACCCUGGGAGAAGCCUUCAACCGGCUGGACUUCUCGAGCGCCAUCCAGGACACCCGGAGGUUCAACUACGUGGUGAAGCUGCUGGAGCUCAUUGCAAAAUCCCAGCUAACGUCAUUGAGUGGUGUGGCACAAAAGAACUACUUCAACAUUUUGGAUAAAAUUGUUCAAAAGGUUCUCAGGGACCACCACAAUCCUCGCCUCAUCAAAAACCUCCUGCAGGACCUGAGCUCCACCCUCUGCGUUCUCAUCAGAGGGGUUGGCAAGUCCGUCUUGGUGGGGAACAUCAACAUCUGGAUUUGCCGGCUGGAGACCAUUCUGUCCUGGCAGCAGCAGCUGCAGAACCUCCAGAUGGCAAAGCAAGUGGACACAGGGCUCACACUGGUGGACCUCCCUCUACACAUGCUGAGCAACAUCUUGUACCGCUUCUCGGACGGGUGGGACAUCGUGACUCUGGGCCAGGUGACCCCCACGCUGCACGUGCUCAGUGAAGACAGGCAGCUGUGGAAGAAACUGUGCCAGUACCACUUUGCCGAGAAGCAGUUCUGUAGACACUUGAUCCUCUCCGAGAAGGGCCACGUCGAGUGGAAGCUGAUGUAUUUUGCCCUGGAGAAGCACUACCCAACCAAGGAGCAGUACGGGGACACCCUGCACUUCUGCCGGCACUGCAGCAUUCUCUUCUGGAAGGACUCUGGACACCCCUGCACCGCGGCCGACCCUGACAGCUGCUUCACGCCCGUGUCUCCCCAGCACUUCAUCGACCUCUUCAAGUACUGA